UGUGCCCACAAGACGGAGAGAUCGCAUACUUUGAGUUCUUGCCCCUUUCUUCUUCCCCAACAUCACUUUCUCCCAAUUAGAAGAAGCAGCGCCGCGCCCCCAUCGUCGUCAACCCACUCCUCUACUCCACUCACCGCCGUGAGCCUUUAAAGGUACUGUGUGUGGCCGGUGGGAGUGGUGGCUCGAGGUCAAGUGAGUUUCUGUCUACUAAGCGGCCAGAGUAAGAUUGGUUUGCGAUGGAGAGGUUGGAGUUGAAGGAGGUUCAGAGGCUGGAAGGUCACAACGACAGGGUUUGGAGCUUGGAUUGGAACCCGGCAACUGGUCAUGCUGGUACUCCUCUCGUCUUCGCUUCUUGCAGCGGCGACAAAACUGUCCGAAUCUGGGAACAAGACCUCUCCUCUGGCCUCUGGGCCUGCAAGGCGGUUUUGGACGAAACACACACUCGAACCGUUCGAUCUUGUGCUUGGUCACCUUCUGGGAAACUGUUAGCCACUGCAAGCUUUGAUGCCACCACUGCCAUAUGGGAAAAUGUUGGGGGUGAUUUUGAGUGUGUUGCUACUUUGGAGGGUCAUGAAAAUGAAGUGAAGAGUGUAUCUUGGAAUGCAUCUGGAACCUUGCUUGCAACUUGUAGUAGGGAUAAAUCUGUCUGGAUAUGGGAAAUGCAGCCGGUCAACGAGUUUGAGUGUGUGUCCGUGCUGCAAGGACAUACCCAGGAUGUUAAAAUGGUCAAGUGGCACCCCACGGAGGAUAUCUUAAUUUCAUGUAGCUAUGAUAAUAGUAUUAAGGUUUGGGCAGAUGAAGGUGACAGUGACGAUUGGCAGUGUGUUCAAACUCUCGGUCAACCUAAUAAUGGUCAUACUUCUACUGUUUGGGCCCUCUCCUUCAAUGCUAGUGGAGACAAAAUGGUUACCUGUAGUGAUGAUCUUACCGUGAAGGUAUGGGAAACAGAAAACGUACAAUCUAGUAGUGGAUUUGCACCUUGGAGACAUCUUUGCACUCUUUCAGGAUAUCAUGAUCGGACGAUUUUCUCAAUUCAUUGGUCAAGAGAAGGUAUCUUUGCCAGUGGAGCUGCUGAUGACACUAUACAGCUUUUUGGGGAUGACAAUGAAAGUCAGGUCGGAGGUCCUCUGUACACGUUGCUGCUGAAAAAGGAGAAGGCCCAUGACAUGGAUAUAAAUUCUGUGCAGUGGAGCCCUGGGGAGAAACCACUACUAGCCUCUGCCAGCGAUGAUGGGACAAUCAAGGUGUGGGAGCUGGUAUCCCAAUGAUGAUGCUAAUUUUGCUUAUUUGCUGUAUCAGUAGUAGAAAUUUAUACUGGUAGAGCUAAAGAGUGGAAACAAAUAGAUGUGCAGCAUCCUCAUAGUGCCUUUUGUUUUCUCUUUAAUAUAUGUAUUAAUAAUUUAAAGCAGAUAUUGGAUAUUUUUUUUUGAGUAAGGCUGUAAAUUAUAGUUACUGUAAACUUAACUUGCAUUUUUGCUCGGAAUUGCUAAAUAAUCACUUACCCUAUAGUGAAUUAGUAUAGUAAGUGUGCUUAUUUCAA